UGGCGAGCGGCGGGCGGCAGGCAAUCCGGCAAUGCCCAAGGACUCAGCCCUCCGUCCGUCGUGACUCCUGCAGUGCCACAAGAAAGCAAAGAAAGAGUUGAAUCUGUUGCCUUGUGAUGGUGGUCGGCCACGAAGCCCCCGACGUGCAGGAAAAGAAGAGCCACAAGUGGCCCGGACGCACCAGGCUGCUAUGGCGCACACCUCUGAGGAGACUUCGAGGUCUUUCACUGACGAGGUACCGAGUUGCGUUUCCAUCAGCUCUUCUGGAGCAGAGCAGCUGAGGUCCAGCGCUUCUGGGAGAGAAUCAGGAAGUGGGGAGCAGGCUAGGAACGUGGAAGGAGAAAAACAAGCUGAGUUUGGGGGCCUGCAGCACAGUGAAAACCGGCUGAGUGAAAAGUGGAUCAGCCACCUCAAGGGCAAAGCUAUUAGCCCUGGACGCCAUCAAGCCGACACUGAGCUUCAGACAAAAAGUCCUUGGGAAUCUGAUGAGGAACUGAAAGCUGCACAGACUUUUUGCACCACAAAGAUAAACUUGAUCCGCCGUCAAGUAGCUUCCAAGGAAAGGAAGAGCGGCAGACAUAAAAAGCUGCAAGUUAGAUCAGGUGCAGAGGCCUUACCCUGCCCUGUCCCCCAGGAGCUGUUAAACAGGGUCUAUUUUAAAAAUAUGGCUGUGGCAAUAAAACAGGUGGGAGCGGUUAAGCAGCACAUUUCUUCUCAAUGUCCCGAUUGUAACAGGAAAAGAGCAGAGCUGGCUCAAUCCGCCUUCCUGAGACAAAAGAAGACUCUACUGGAGUCACUUCUCCUGCAACAGAAACUAGAUGAACAUCUGCACACCACAGACGUUCUCACUCAUAUUGGAGAGGUGCAUCGGGGCCUUCCCAGGUUGUCAGACGACCCAAGACUGAUCUGGACCAGACUGAAUGAGAAAAGUCGGGUCAGACAUGGUGAUAUGAAGAGGCCGGAUACAAAGCAGAAAAUGUAGCCUGAUGGAGAUAACACUUGUCAUUUUUUCUGCCACUUCUUGCCCUCAAGUCAUGGAAGAAGAUGUUCCUGUUACAUAUUUGAGUAGUUGCUCCCAUUUUUUACAUUUUGGAAACUAAGAAUUUGCUACCAUCCCCUCACAGACAUAAGAACAAAGACCUUUGUAUUCAGUACCCUUUUCAGAUUGUAGGAAACAGUAUUGUGGUUGGAGUAGCUGCAAAACUUUUACAGCCAUCCAGGAGAGGGAUGUUGACAUUUGGGACUAGAAUGUCAACAGAACAGAGGGAGAGAAGCGCACAGAUGUAAGAGAUUCUUAAGAAGUGAUCACUGUCUGUAUUUGGUUACUAAAUGGCUAUGGGGCUUUAAUAAGUGGUAAACAGUAAAAGUGCUAAUAAAGUCUAACUGGUGCAGUUGAAUAAAUGACAAUUGAGAUCAGACCUCUGGAGGAGGGCCAUGUGCCAUGGGCAAGGUCAAGAGUGGUUGUUUAGAAGUGGACAGUUUGAGGUUUCUUUGAGACAGUAAUGUUGAGAGUUUGGAGAAGCACUUGGAUAUUUGUACUCACAGUCUAGAGGAAAGAUCUGCUCUACAGAUUUGAAAUAAAGGGGGCAGAAGACAAAUCAUUGCCAUACAAAUGGAAACUGAAGCAUUGAGUGUUCUGAAGGAGAGUAGAGGAGAAUUGGAGCAGAUCUCAGGCAAACCCCUGAGAAAUGCCAGUAGUUAGUGCAGAAAAGAGGAUAUUGAGAAACAUUGAGAAAAUGUCAGAAGAGUUUUUUAAAAAUCGCAGGGAUUUAUAGCUUCAUGAGAAGAGGCUAUUUCAAGGAUGUUGGCUUUUCUGAGCAUGUGUAAGCAUGCAAGUGCAACAGACAUGUCACUUAAUGAUGAUUUAGUCACCUGUUUAGCUCUGUUGGACUUAGCAACUACUACAUGAUUUGAACAGGUUGUAUAGACAAAGUAGAUUGGGGAAUAAGUGUAAGAUAAGGAAAUAAAGAAUGUGAAUAUAUACUACUUGAGAAGUUUAGUUAUAGAAGGAAAGAGGGAUAUGUUAGAGGUAGUUGUAGAGUUGAAAAAAGAAUGCUUGUAAAAGAUACCUAAAGCUAUUUUGGUCAUGGUUUCUUGAACGUUCUGUGUUCAUUCUAAUUUCCAUUCACAGAAUGCAAUAUCAUUCUCUGAGGAAUAUCAUAGUAUUUUGAAAGUGCAUUUAUAUGAAUAAAAUAUUAGCAUUUUGAGAAAUCAUAUUUCUUAUUUAUUUCCCCUAUGAAUAUAUAAAGUCCUAGUGUCGUUACCUCAAGAUCACUUUUCCACAUGUUUAACACCUGAGCUAUUUUAGGGGAAGGCAAAUUUGUUUUCAAAAAUCAGCACAGAGAAGUCUUUGUAUCGGAUUUCAUAAGACUUUCUUUUAUGUGUAAAGAUGCUCUUUUUUCCUGUAAAAUUUUAGCAUAUUUCCCCUUAGUAGAUCAUUUCUAAAUAAAAUGGAAAAA